AUGGACAAGUGUUGGUUCGUCCUCCGUCAGACCCACUACCCGGCGCCCAAAUACACGGACCGGAACAUGGCGUACGGAGAAGCCAAAGGGCCUCUCCGCCUGGGUCAUCUCAUCCCGGGUCCUAAAGCGGUCGAUGAGGUGAUCAACUCGGACGCAAUAACCCCCUUCCCAAGCAAUAUGCACAUCUUCUCCACGACAACGGUCAACUUUUGGCUCUCUAACAAGACGGAGAAAGAAACUGAGGCCGCCGCCCAGGGCGAGAUCCCGAUCGCCGCUGCGGCCGGCGUGACGGUCAAAGUCGAAGCUGGGGUUGUGUUCCGGAAAAUGAUGGGCGACACCUGGGCAAUUGACAGGCUGGAAACGCAGAUUGUGCAGCCGACGUUGACCUACCUUGACGCUUGUCGGAAGUCUGCGCAGGUGGCGGCUUGGAUAGAUAAGAACAAAACGUUUGGCUCAUGGAAGGUCUACAUGAUCAGCGGGCUGAUGAUUGCUCGCGGCGCCAAGAGUGAGAGGACGAAGACAAGCACAUCUGGAGCACAUGGGGGAGCUGGCGGAGUCGGGUUUACGGCUAAUAUAGCGAUUGAGACCUCGGGGCAGCAUGCGGAUGAUUUCGUCUGGGCAAUUCGCCUCACAGAGGUGUCAAAGGGACCUUUUCAUUCCGAUCUGUCGCGAAAGCCUGUGAUGAGGGGGGCUGUGUUUGCGCCAGGUGUGAAUAAGGUCGAUGUUAACGCUGUCUUUGCUGAAGAGGGCUUAGACGGGGAUGAUGUGCAUGUAACUGAAAUGUUCGAUGGAGAUAAACAACAAUUUCUUGUCACUAUGGAUGGGUAUUAA